AUGCGCUGGAUCAUCCCGAACCUCCUUGCAGCGUUGGCUGUCAGCAGUCUCUUUUCUUCAGUCAUUACGUGGCCCACUGGAGACAGUGGACUCGGGAAAGGCCAGUCUGUUGACAAUGAUUUCGGUGAUGAAGUCGGAAGCUAUGACUCCCAGCCAUUCUAUGGUAGGAGAGAGAUAACAGAAUCGCUCCCUGGACUGUCCGAACACCCGGAUUCCGAGACCCAUGUGGGAUAUGGAGCUAUCCUCGAGCGCGUCCCACGACCUAACACCGAUAAGCCUAACGAUGAUGCCGAUGUUCCUGAUGUUGACCAGGAGGACUUGGCCACCGCGCUCGAGGCGAUCCACCUAGAGAGCCAUAGCCCUAGCAUCGUCAGUCGAGGACAAAAAGAGGAAGCGGAACUGUCGUCGAAGUUCGGAUCGCGCUGGAAAGGGGAGACAUUUUACUACUUCAUUGAAGCCAAAGACAAGAACGCCAAGAACUUCAAUGCAAAUGAGAUCAAGAGCCUAGCAAAAAAGGGCUACGAGCUGAUUAAGGAUAAGUUUAACUUCAACGGGAAUGUGAUCGUGUCUGCGCUCUUUAUCCCAGAAGUUGGAGUCGCGGUAGGCUCCAAGCCCCGGGGCACAGGCGUCGUUGAAGAGAUUUUGGAAAAAAGCCACAAAACCAGCGACGGACGCGACCUCACGCAUGCUUGUGACUCCGUUCAGCAGGAAGAUCUCUACCACGCAGAGGACUUGGUGAUUAUCAAGGGAGCAGAUGAAUACUUGAAAAAGAUGCGAAGCGAUAAUUGGAGGGAUAAGAAAUUUCCUCGGGGAACGCAUAUGGUUUCAUAUGGCAAGUAUAAUUCCGAGGAUAAAUCUGCGGGACCAAAGGAACCCUGUGGUGGAACAGAAAAAACAAAGUUGACCAUUCCCUGCAAAAAUGUUGCACAUGAACUGAAUAUUGACUGGUCGACCUGA